AUGACAAAGACAAUAGGAUACCGAGACUGGAGAUGGCAGGCGCUUUGGUGGCAUCACUUCUUUCUCUUGUGGAGUAUAGUACACGGACAGACUCGUUACAGCAUCCCGGAGGAAUUAAAACAGGGCUCUGUGGUAGGAAAUCUAGCCAAAGAUCUUGGUUUGGGACUGUCUGAGAUUUUUGACCGUAAGCUGCGAGUCGCUUCCGAGGCUGGUAAGCAGUAUUUCACUGUGGAUGCGGGAAAGGGCGAGCUGGUGGUGAAUGACAGAAUAGACAGAGAGGCGUUAUGUGGACAAAGCGCCAGCUGUGUGUUGACUCUGCAAGUUGUUAUUGAUCAACCUUUGCAGUUGUACCGAGUCGAGGUGGAAAUACAGGAUAUUAAUGAUAAUUCUCCCAAAUUUCCGUCGCAAGAUAUUAUAUUAGAAAUAGCAGAGUCGACAGCAGCAGGUGCACGUUUUCCAGUGGAGACCGCUAAAGAUCUUGAUCUCGGAGUGAAUUCAGUGAGGUCCUAUACCAUAAGUAAAGAUGAUUAUUUUAGUUUAAAGAUAAAAGACGUAUCCGGUGGGAGGAAAGUUCCAGAGCUCGUCUUGUCUAAAUCUCUCGACAGGGAGAAAAAGGCGACACACCAGCUUCAAUUAACAGCCGUAGACGGAGGAAACCCAGUGAAAUCUGGGACCUGUGUUAUAACCAUUAAUGUGCUUGAUAAUAAUGAUAAUAUUCCUGUAUUUGAAAAAAAUAUUUAUAAAGUUUCCAUAAGCGAAAAUAGUGUAGAAGGUGCAUCUAUCAUAAAACUAAUAGCGAAAGAUAUCGAUGAAGGCCCUAAUGGAGAAGUAGAGUAUUCCUUUGGAACCCACACACCAGAUACUGUCCUGUCUAUGUUUAAUCUUGAUUCGUUAACUGGAGAAAUACGACUCGCAGGGCAAUUAGAUUUCGAAACAAACGAAAAUUUCGAAAUUGACAUUUGUGCAAAAGACAAAGGAGCUCCAAGAAUGGAGGGUCGCUGUACUGUGCACAUCGAGGUGGUUGAUGUUAACGAUAAUGCUCCGAAUAUAUUCCUGACAUCCCAACCAAACUCUGUGCCUGAAGACGCACCGAGUGGAACUGUUGUAGCGUUAAUUAGUGCCCGAGACCUUGAUUCAGGUGACAACGGUAAAGUGUCUUUACAGCUCCCGAAGAAUUCCCCUUUCAAUCUGAAACCCUCUUUUUCAGACAAUUACGCACUGGUCACUGGUGCAGCUUUAGACCGAGAGAGUUUCUCAGAGUAUAAGAUCGACAUUAUUGCCACCGAUUUAGGCUCUCCUCCUCUGUCCAGUAAGAAAACUGUAAAUGUCACUAUUACAGAUGUGAAUGACAACCCUCCUGUAUUCUCUCAGCCCUCCUACAAUGUGUAUUUAAAAGAGAAUGGGGUACCAGGAUCUAUACUGUACUCAGUAUCAGCCUCUGACCUGGAUUUUGGUGAAAAUGCUAAAAUCUCUUACUCUAUACUGGACUCUAAAGUGCAGGACGUUUCUGUCUCCUCGUAUGUUUACAUUAACUCAGAUAACGGCAGCAUCUACAGCAUGCACUCGUUUGACUAUGAGAAACUGAAGGUGUUUCAGAUUCAGGUUCAGGCAAAGGAUCAGGGCUCUCCGUCUCUCAGCAGCAACACCACCGUCCAUGUUUUUAUCCUCGACCAGAACGACAACGCCCCCUCUGUUAUUUACCCCUCCUCCGCUGUCCUGGGCUCGCUCUCUCAUCAGAGGAUGCCCCGCUCCGCUAAAGCGGGUCACCUGGUCACUAAGGUGACGGCCGUGGACGCGGACUCGGGCCAUAACGCCUGGAUCUCCUACAAAGUGGCGGAGGCCACAGACGCCUCUCUGUUCACUGUCAAUCUGUACACAGGGGAGGUGAGGACUAAACGCGCUGUGUCCGAGCAGGACGACUCCUCUCAGAGGCUGCUUAUAGAGAUCAAGGACGACGGGGACCCGGUCCAGUCCUCCACCGUCACGGUGUCCAUCCAGCUGGAGGACGGUCUCCAUGAGCCCAUCUUAGACCUCCGACAGAAAGUGACCGAGCCCAGCAGGAAAACGGGGAGAAUCACCCUGUAUUUGAUUCUCUCUCUGGCCUCGGUGUCCGUGCUGUCUGUGGUGACUUUUCUCAUCUUAGCGGUUAAAUGCAUCAGGAGCAGCAGAAGCAACGGUAGUUGCUGCAUGAGACAGGGGGACUAUGAUGGUUACAAGAACCCCAACAGAAACCUGCAGAUUCAGCUGAACACUGAUGGACCCAUAAAGUACGUGGAGGUCCUGGGAGGAGACAUGUUGUCUCAGAGUCAGUCCUUCAGGUCCUGUAUGUCUCCAAUGUCUCCAAUGUCCGAGUACAGUGAUUUCACUUUGAUUAAGCCCAGCAGCACCACUGACUUUAAGGAGGUGAUCAGUGUCCUGGAUGCGUCUUUACCCGACAGCACCUGGACCUUUGAGAGCCAGCAGGUGAGCAGAAAACAAUGGACAUAUUCUAAUGGACCAAGGAUGACAAAGACAAUAGGAUACCGAGACUGGAGAUGGCAGGCGCUUUGGUGGCAUCACUUCUUUCUCUUGUGGAGUAUAACAGACGCACAGACUCGUUACAGCAUCCCGGAGGAACUAAAACAGGGCUCUGUGGUAGGAAAUCUAGCCAAAGAUCUUGGUUUGGGAUUAUCAGACAUUUUUGAUCGUAAACUGCGAGUCGCCUCUGAGGCUGGUAAGCAGUAUUUCACUGUGGAUGCGGGGAAGGGCGAGCUUGUGGUGAACGAAAGAAUAGACAGAGAGGCUUUAUGUGGACAAAGCGCCAGCUGUGUUGUACCUCUGCAAGUUGUAAUAGAGAACCCGUUACAUCUUUAUCGAAUAGAGGUAGAAAUAAGAGAUGUCAACGACAAUUCACCGAAUUUUCUCAGCAAAGAAAAGAAUUUGAAAAUAGCGGAGCUGACAGCGGUGGGUGCGCGCUACCCUUUGGAGACCGCACAAGACCUCGACGUGGGUAGUAAUUCACUAAAAUCGUACAGCCUCAGCAAAGAUGAAUGUUUUAGUUUGAAAAUUAAAGACUUGGCUAAUGGACGAAAAGUGCCAGAGCUUGUGUUGGAAAAACCGUUAGAUAGAGAAAAACAAAACAUCCAUAAUUUACUGCUGACAGCGUUAGAUGGGGGAAGUCCUGUCAAAACUGGAACAUCGAAGAUUAUAGUGACCGUAUUAGACAACAACGACAAUGUCCCGGUUUUCAAAAAGGCUUUGUAUAAAAUAAGUCUUCCUGAAAAUAGUCAAAGUGGCUUAAUGAUUUUAAAGGUGGAAGCAACAGACGCAGAUGAGGGUAUUAAUGGAGAGAUUGAAUAUUCAUUUGCUGACCAUACACCAGAGACGAUGUUGUCUAUUUUUCAGAUAAACCCGGAAACAGGAGAAAUAAUGCUUAUUGGACAGUUGGAUUAUGAAAACGUUGCAAUACACGAGAUUGACAUUAACGCAAAAGAUAAAGGCAUUCCUGAAAUGGAGGGUCAUUGUCGUGUUCAAGUUGAGGUGGUCGACAUGAAUGAUAAUGCUCCAGAAAUUGUUCUUACUUCAAAACCGAGCAAAGUGCCCGAGGACGCACCGAGUGGCACUGUAGUUGCUCUGCUCACUGCGCGGGACUUUGACUCCGGUGAUAAUGGAAAAGUGACAUUGAAACUUCCAAAAGAUUCUCCUCUAGCUUUGAAGCCUUCAUUUUCUAAUAAUUAUGCGCUAGUGACAAGGCGUAGUCUAGAUAGAGAGACUUUCUCAGAAUAUAACAUUGAAAUAACAGCCACUGACUCAGGCUCUCCCCCUCUCUCAAGUAAGAAAAUUAUACCAGUCAGCAUCACUGAUGUGAAUGACAACCCUCCUGUAUUCGCUCAGCGCUCCUAUAAUGUGUAUUUAAAAGAGAAUGGGGUACCAGGAUCUAUACUGUACUCAGUAUCAGCCUCUGACCUGGAUUUUGGUGAAAACGCUAAAAUCUCUUACUCUAUACUGGACUCUAAAGUGCAGGACGUUUCCGUCUCGUCGUAUGUUUACAUUAACUCAGAUAACGGCAGCAUCUACAGCAUGCACUCGUUUGACUAUGAGAAACUGAAGGUGUUUCAGAUUCAGGUUCAGGCAAAGGAUCAGGGCUCUCCGUCUCUCAGCAGCAACACCACCGUCCAUGUUUUUAUCCUCGACCAGAACGACAACGCCCCCUCUGUUAUUUACCCCUCCUCCGCUGUCCUGGGCUCCCUCUCUCACCAGAGGAUGCCCCGCUCCGCUAAAGCGGGUCACCUGGUCACUAAGGUGACGGCCGUGGACGCUGACUCGGGCCAUAACGCCUGGAUCUCCUACAAAGUGGCGGAGGCCACAGACGCCUCCCUGUUCACUGUCAAUCUGUACACAGGGGAGGUGAGGACUAAACGCGCUGUAUCCGAGCAGGACGACUCCUCUCAGAGGCUGCUUAUAGAGAUCAAGGACGACGGGGACCCGGUCCAGUCCUCCAGCGUCACGGUGUCCAUCCAGCUGGAGGACGGUCUCCAUGAGCCCAUCUUAGACCUCCGACAGAAAGUGACCGAGCCCAGUAAGAAAACUGGGAGAAUCACCCUGUAUUUGAUUCUCUCUCUGGCCUCGGUGUCCGUGCUGUCUGUGGUGACUUUUCUCAUCUUAGCGGUUAAAUGCAUCAGGAGCAGCAGAAGCAGCGGUAGUUGCUGCAUGAGACAGGGGGACUAUGAUGGUUACAAGAACCCCAACAGAAACCUGCAGAUUCAGCUCAACACUGAUGGACCCAUAAAGUACGUGGAGGUACUGGGAGGAGACAUGUUGUCUCAGAGUCAGUCAUUCAGGUCCUGUAUGUCUCCAAUGUCCGAGUACAGUGACUUCACCAUGAUUAAGCCCAGCAGCACCACUGACUUUAAGGAGGUGAUCAGUGUCCUGGAUGCGUCUUUACCGGACAGCACCUGGACCUUUGAGAGCCAGCAGGUGAGCAUGGUGUAA